CAGAACUUCUUAAAAUGAUCGAAAUAGUAAAGAAUUUCUCAAACUUAUAUUGCUCUUCCUUUUUGUCUAUUUCUAACUGUUUUUUUCAAAGAUUCAAAUUUCACCGUAUUUGCAAGAUAUAGUAUGAACCCAAACAGUAAAAUAAUUCAGAUUGGAAAUAGCAUUUGAGUAUACUUAUGUUUCAGAGCUUCUAGAAGGAAACAAAGGUAAAUGGGAAAUAAAAAUCUAUCUGCAACAAGUGAAAAUUGGAAGAAAAUCCUCGACUCGUCGUCGUCGUCGUCUCCUCUCUCGCCAGAUCGCCUCCUCCUUCUUCCUCAUCGCAGAUCCACCGCCAUCGCCCAAUCAUUCACCCCGGAAAACAAAAUCGGGCUAUCUUCUCUAGUGUAUCACCAUGGACCACCUCCCCGUUGAAGUCAUCGGAAACAUCCUCUCGCGCCUCCGCGGCGCCCGCGACGUCGUCAUAGCCUCCGCAACCUGCAGAAAAUGGCGCGAAGCCUACCGCAAACACCUCCACACGCUCUCAUUCAACUCCGCCGACUCCCCGUUCUACAGAGACCUCUCGACCAACCGCCUCGAGAUCCUCAUAACCCAAACCAUCUUCCAAACCACCGGACUCCAAGGCCUCUCCGUCAUGAUGGACGACGCCAGCAAAUUCUCCGCCGCCACCGUCAUCGCCUGGCUCAUGUACACCAGAGACACCUUGCGCUGGCUGUCUUACAACGUCCGUACCACUCCGAAUGUCAACGUUCUUGAUAUCUGUGGGAGGCAGAAGCUUGAAGCCUUGGUGUUGGCUCAUAACUCGAUCACUGGUGUUGAGCCGAGUUUCCAGAGGUUUCCUUGUUUGAAAUCGCUUUCGUUGAGUUACGUGAGUAUCUCGGCUUUGGAUUUGAAUCUUUUGCUUAGCGCGUGUCCUGUGAUCGAGUCUUUGGAGCUUGUGAGUCUCGAGAUAGCGAUGUCUGAUGCUCAAGUGACGAUUGAGCUGAGUAGUCCGACGUUGAAGAGUGUUUACUUCGAUGGGAUUAGUUUGGAUAAGUUUAUCUUAGAGGCGGAUUGUAUCGAGUUCUUGCAUAUGAAAGACUGUGUCCUCGAGCUCUUUGAGCUUAUUGGGAACGGGACGUUGAAGCAUUUCAAGCUUGAUGAUGUGAGUGUUAUUCAUCUCGAUAUCAUGGAGACUAGCGAUAGCCUUGAGGUUGUUGAUGUGAACCAUUUCACUAUGGUGUGGCCUAAGUUCUAUCAGAUGAUUUCGCGAUCGCAGAAUUUGAGGAAGCUUCGUCUUUGGGAUGUGGUGUUUGAUGAUGACGAUGAGAUUAUCGAUCUUGAGUCUAUUGCUGCUGGCUUCACGCAGCUGACUCAUCUUUCGUUGAGCUACGACUUAAAAGAUGGAGCUGCUCAUUAUAGCUUGCAAGGGAACACUUUGCUGGAGAAUGUGACUGUGUUGGAGCUCGGAUGGACUGUGAUAAACGAUGUUUUCUCGAUCUGGGUCGAGGAGUUGCUGAGAAGGUGUCCGAAUCUGAGGAAGCUGAUUAUUUAUGGGGUUGUUUCGGAGACGAAAACGCAGGGAGAUUGUCAGAUUCUGGCGACGUUCACGUGGUCUAUUGUUCAGCUCAUGAGGAAAUACAUUCAUGUCGAGGUACAAUUCGAGUAUGAGUGAUUGGGUUCUUGUUCUCGACGCUGUUGAAUACAAGUUGAAAGUAUGUAAAGAUUGAGUUUUGAAUUUUCUUGAACUCAGUUCUCAGAUUACUUUAAAUAUUAUUCUUCGUUACCUCGGUUC